CAAUACACCCAACAUGAAGACUAUCCUUAUUAUUUGCAUUCUCUUUGCUUCCCUUCUUUUCUCGCCCUCUUCGAUUCUCGCUCGAGAAUUGGCUGAGAGUAGUACUGGAGGUAAUGGCCAAGCCGGAAAUCCCAACAAACCAGUAAUGCCAAUAAAGUGCGAUCCUAAGAGCUCGACUUACAGUCGUUGCAUAGGACAAACCAAGCCAGAGCCGAAGUGUAAUUCCUAUGGGGCCUACACUCGUUGCCCAGGUACUGGCUCAUCUGGAACACCCAACAAUCCAACAGUAAAACCAGGUACUGGCUCAUCCGGGAAUCCCAACAAUCCAGCAGUAAAACCAGGUACUGGCUCAUCCGGGAAUUCCAACAAUCCAGCAGUAAAACCUGGUACUGGCUCAUCCAGGAAUCCCAACAAUCCAGCAGUAAAACCAGGUACUGGCUCAUUCGGGAAUCCCAACAAUCCAGCAGUAAAACCAGGUACUGGUGAUCAACCAAUAACAAAGUGUGAUCCUAAAGGCCCCUACACACGUUGCCCCCAGCCGAAGCACAAGUGUGAUCCCAAGUACAAACGUUGCAAUAAUAAUUAAUUACGUUGUGUAAUCAAAGUAUGAAUUAAGCCCAAGUGGACGCUUAAUUAUUAAUUACCACGACAGUCGACAGGGACGGUUGAGAAUAAUGGGCCGUUAAUUAUGUAGUUUGCUAUAUAUAUGUGUGUGAUCAAUAAAAAGAGAUCGAUCGAUCUUUUUGUUUUCUUAAA